CGAAUGACUAAACAGUCGAAACUCAAACCUAACUAUAUUGAGAAUGGGUUAAGUCCAUUUAUUUUCUCAAUAUUUUGUAGUGUGUGUACAUAUAUAUGGUUUGUGGGGGGAUAAGAUUGUUAUUUUAUGUGUCACUAUACUUUAUACCCUUUUUUCCCUUUGAAAAAGAAAAGUGAUUGGGAAUCAUGUGCUGUUUGUACAUCUGGGGUUGGUGGGAUGGACUCAUCUUGUGCAUCUCUUUACUUUUUAACCAUUUGCCAUUAAAACUUCCAUUCUCUAGAGAUUUGAAAUCACAAAUGAGGGAAAGGAGGCUCCUUGGAUACUCUUGAGUUCUUCCUAGAGAGAUCAAAUACUUGGCUAUCCAUGAUGCCACAAACACCAAACUAUUAUUUUCUUCCCUCGUGACAAAUCUCUCUUCUUUUGCCUUUUUCCCUUUUGGAAUAGGGUUAAUAUGUCCCUCUACUAUGACGUUUUAUCAAACAUGUCCUUUUACUAUUUUUUACAUCAAACAUGCCCCCUGUAAUUUGAAAAAACUAUCAAACAUGCCUUCAGUUGAAAUUUCCAUAAAAAAAAUCGGCAAUCAUGGUUGAACCGAGAUUUAGACGACCCGACAUCGAUAAAUGGGAGGGGAAAUGUCAGUUUUGACCCUUGUUUUAUUUCUCUAGGUCUCAUCAAAGUGAAAUAAUUAGAAUUAUUUGGCUAUACAAAAGAACAAAAAAAAACUUUAAAGUGAAAUUAUUAGGGAUAUUUUAGAUAUUUGGGUCGCCCAAACCAAAGUUCGGUCUUGGUUAACAGUUUUUAGAUGAAAAUUUUAACAAAAGGGCAUGUUUGAUAAGUUUUCCAAAGUACAGGGGCAUGUAUGAUGUAAAAAAUAGUAGGAUAGCAUGUUUGAUAAAACGUCAUAGUAGAGGGGCAUAUUAUACCUAUAACCCUUUGGAAUACAAAUGUUCUUACUUCUUGGGAUUCUUCUUUCCCUUUGGCUUUGGGUGAAAAUGGAAAGGAGGAAAAACAACAUACGCGGGCUUUCAUGCAUAGUUCAUGAAACCGUACUGUACCGGCGGUUCAACCAUAAAAUAUCAGUAUCGGAGGCUAAACCGGUAUGCAGUAUUUAACGAUACUAACGGUUAAACUACCGUAAAACCACGGUUUUGUCAUAAAAUACCCUACCACUGACUUUUUCGAUACGAUCUCCGGUACGGUUUCAUGGACUAUGCUUUCCCGAGAGUCAGUUUCCAUACAAGUUUUCUGUGAUUGAUCUCUCUUCCUGUACAAACAAGACGCCCAUUUUCCAUGCAAGUAUGGUUAGUAGGUCUGGUUUAUGAAAACAUAUAAAAUAAAAAAAAUUAAAAAAAAGCAACAAGCAUCGAUCGAGUCGAGGCCACCGAAACUCAAAACUCAAUAGCAUGAUAGCGUGCGGCUGGGCUUGAUAACUUCGGGCCAGGCCCAAAAGGCCUUUUUGGUAAUUACAACACCUUCUUCUACGACAACUCGUUUUCCAGCCUGUUUUUUCACACAUUGCCACGAGAUCAGCCCAUGGAGCCCUGGUGUUACACGGUCUCGUCGGCCCAUCUAGCUUUGGGCCCAGCAGCUGAGAUACAUUACUCUCCGCAUCGACUCGUCGUCAGCCCGUUUCUCCUUCCUUCCCGCUUCUCCCUCCCGACCACCGCUCACGGUAAGAAAACUGCCUUUCUCGCCGGAAUCGGAUCGCCGGAACUCCCCGGAGUUCCGUUUCGAAGUCCCCCAUCUGGGUCCUUUUUUCCUUCGCUCCCAGCCACGUUGAUCUCCGUCCGGAGCUUCCCAAGUCACUCAUAUUCUCCACGUUGGAAACGUAUAUGAAAAGCAUAUGAAAGGGAAACGAAGAGAAAGCAAAGAGACAAUGGUCAUCCAUCAAAUGAAUGGUUCUUACUUCUUAAGAUAAGGGUAGGGUAGAUAUCGAUUUGUUCGGUCCAGAAUCAAAUCGAGAAUGAACCGGAGCAAAUAUGAAAGCGAAAUGAUGACGAUUUAAGUUAGAUUAGAAGCGCUUUUAGUUCGAUUUAGUUGAUCCCAUCUUUGAUUCAGCUUUUUUUUCCAUAUACAGAUCUAAUCAUUGCCCACCUCAUAGUUCAAUAGAUUCAAUCCUUUGUUAGUCGUUGUUUAAGAUUUUCCUGCCAAAUUCUGCUGAUUAGCAGAGGUGAAUAAAGGGAGCAACUCAAUUCCGUAGUGCCCUAUACUGUUUGUUUACACCUAAAAUAUUUUUUGCCUAAAUUCAAUGCCGUAAUAAUGAGUCUCGGCAUUUAAUUCGAUACCGUGGGUAAAAAACGGUGUCGUUUGGAGUUGAGCGGCAUCGCGGAGAGUUAAAACGGUACCGCGAAGCAGAAAAACGAUACCGCAAGGAAGCUCACCGGUACCGCAAGGAAGCUCAGCGGUGCCGCGGCACUGGAAACGAUACCGAAAAACAAAAGGGGGCCGCGCGUGUAGUUGGGUUGGAGAAGGGAGUUUUAUAAUUAAUUAUUACCAUUAUUCCUUGUCGGAAGAGAAAAAUCGGUACCGCAUGGAGAAUUAAAACGGUACCGCAAGGAAGCUCACCGGUACCGCAAGGAGGCCUCGACGGUACCGCGGCAUGGGAAACGACACCGCUUAAUGAAAAACAAGAGGGGCCGCCCGUGCAGUUGGAAUUGGAGAAGGAGUUUUCUCUAAUUAAUUAUUAUUUUUAUUCCUUGUUGGAUUGGAAGAAGCGGCACCGAGGGGAGUUAAAACGGUGCCGCGGAGAGCUAAAACGAUGCCGCGGAAUUGAAAACAGUACCGCGAGGGAGCCCAACGGUACCGCAAGCAAACGACAGUGUUUAAAUAAAAAACAAUGUCGCAAAAGGGAAAACAAACGGAGUUGUUGUGAUGCUAGUGAUGUCGUUGGCCAUAGCUAGUGAUGGACGGAUUAAUUAAUUAAUAUUUUAAUG